AUGAGAAAAUAUACGAACGAAAGGCCUUUUGAAUGUAAAAUAUGCAACGGAAGAUUCAGACGUAAAUAUACCUUAAAUGAUCAUGAGAAAUUGCACACAGGAAUGACACCGUUUCAGAGUGAACUUUGUUCUCGAUCUCAAGUUCAUUCCUCACAUUCAUUCUUGCAGGAACCAUUAAUGUAUAAAAAACCUUUAGCACAAACUUUCCAAGAUCCGAUGAUGCAACCCGGACCGUCUUCAGCGCAAACUCUAGAGAAAUCAGGAAUUCAGAAUGAACCUUUUUCAUUGCAAAUUGUAAAGAAACCACGGAUGCAAACAGAACCUUCUUCAACACAUACUCUCCAAGAACCAUGGAUGCCAGCUGGAUAUUCUUCAACACAAAUUGUCAAGGAACCACAAAUGCAUACUAAAUUAUUUGCAACCCAAACACUUGGGAAACCAUCAAUGCAAAGUAGAUCUUCACCGCAGACUGUGAAGGAACCAGAGAUGCAAAUCGAACCAUAUACAACACAAUCCCUUGGGGAACCAUGCAUGCAAUGUAGAUCUUCACCACAGACUGUUAAGGAACCACAGAUGCAAACAGGACCGUUUUCAACACAAUCCCUUGGGCAACCAUGUAUGCAAAGUACACCUUCACCACAGACUGUGAUGGAAUUAUGGAUGCAAAGUAGAUCUUCACCGCAGACUGUGAAGGAACCACAGAUGCAAACCGAACCAUCUACAACACAAUCUUUGCAAGAACCAUGGAUGCAAGCUGGAUAUUCUUCAACACAAAUUGUCAAGGAACCACAGAUGCAAACUAAACAAUUUUCAACACAAUCCCUUCAGAAACCAUCGAUGCAAAGUAGACCUACACCACACACUGUGAAGGAACCACAGAUGCAAACUGAACCAUCUACAACACAAAUUUCUGAAGAACCAUGGAUGCAAGCUAAAUAUUCUUUAACACAGAUUGUCAAGAAACCACAUAUGCAAACAGGACCGUUUUCAACACAAACCCUUGGGGAAUCAUGUAUGCAAAAUAAACCUUCACCACAGAUUGCGAAGGAACUAUGGAUGCAAAGUAGAACUUCACAUCACACUGUGGAGGAACAUGAACGCAAGAAGGACCUUCUUUAUCAAAAACCCUGGAGGACUAGUGAUAUAAGCAGUAGCUUCAUCUACACACUUUUUAGAGAAAUUAUCGAUGCAGAUAGAACUUUAUAUAUAUAUGCACUUCUUCAGAAAUUUUUACGUAAGCAGGUUUGCUAUUAA